CUUUAGCACGGAGUCGGCAGCAGAUGGUGGAAGCGACCCGAGCUUUCAUCGGGGAGAUGCGCCAAACCUUCACCUCCCGCUCCUAAACACAACAAAACCUCCCCAAAGCCCACAACCUUCCGCGCCCGCUCCCCUCCAUGAGCCGCCCCGCGUCUCUCCUGACGGCCGCCCGCUGCCGCAGCGCCCCGGCCAAGCGCCUUCAACCUCUCCACGACGGCCCCGCCGAAGAAACGCCGCCGGCCGCCAAACUCCCUCGCCUGGCCGCCGACUCCUGCGGACCCCCCGAUUGCCUCAGCGCUCCCGGUUCGCCGUGUCCGCCGCUUUCCCCCGCCGGCGGGGGGGCGGCGGGUCCCAGCCUGAUCGCGUCCUACCUGCUGUUGCCGCUGGCCGAACGAGAGCAGGUGUCGCGGGCGCUGAGCGUCAGCUCCGGGCGGGAGCUGCGCUGCAAGGUGUUCCCCCUCAAACACUACCAGGACAAGAUCCGGCCUUACAUUCAGCUACCCUCACACAGAAAUAUCACCGGGGUCGUCGAAGUCAUCCUUGGGGACACCAAGGCCUAUGUGUUCUUUGAAAAGGACUUUGGGGACAUGCACUCCUACGUGAGGAGCUGCAAAAGGCUGAGGGAAGAGGAGGCUGCCCGACUGUUCAAGCAGAUCGUCUCUGCUGUAGCUCACUGCCACCAGUCAGCUAUUGUACUCGGUGACCUCAAGCUCAGGAAAUUUGUCUUCUCUAAUGAAGAAAGGACUCAGCUGCGGCUGGAGAGCCUGGAAGACACCCACAUCAUCAAAGGCGAAGAUGACGCGCUCUCAGACAAGCACGGCUGCCCGGCAUACGUCAGCCCAGAGAUCCUAAACACGACAGGGACUUACUCUGGAAAAUCGGCCGACGUGUGGAGUUUGGGAGUGAUGCUCUAUACCCUGCUGGUGGGACGCUAUCCCUUCCAUGACUCGGACCCUAGCACCCUGUUUUCCAAAAUCAGACGUGGACAGUUCUGUAUUCCCGAUCACGUCUCCCCCAAAGCCCGAUGCCUCAUUCGCAGCCUGCUGCGGCGGGAGCCCUCGGAAAGACUCACUGCUCCGGAGAUCUUGCUUCACCCUUGGUUCGAGGCAGUCUUGGAGCCUGGAUAUACAGACCAGGAGACGGGAAGUUCGGAUCAAAUCGUUCCAGAAUACCACGGAGACAGUGACGAUAUUAGUUCCUUCUUCUGCUAACCCCAAAAUCUCAAGGGCCUCGGUGGUCCUUGCCACCGGCAUCCUCCUAGGGUUUCCUUUUUCCACGUUUGCAAACUCAACAGCAUCUUGAAGUGCCAGUAUGGUCAGAAAAGUGACCUCGUUGAAAAUAAACGCCAACCCAUAGAUCUCUGCUCCCUGAGCGUGCUCAGCGUUUCAUCCUCUUGCUCUGCGGGCAGAUCCAUCCCAUCAACCCUGCAGGCCCCGUGCAGCAUUGCCAGAGCCACCCGCUCUUCUCCUGCCUCCCCUGUCCUUCACCGGUGUACCGGGUCGUAACUCGGCUGCAGAGCCUCAUGGCUGCUGAGGUGUGAGACAGAAAUGAAGCCCCGUCUGCUCUCUCAACAGUGGCUAUGGUGGUACAGAGCCAUGACCACAACGCUUCAGUGGGGGAGGCCUCCAGCUGAGCAAAUGUGACAGAAAUGGGUAUAAAGGGGAGCCAGCCCGGCGUGCUGCACCGGCCAGCUCGCAGAGCAGCUUUCUGACUGUGAGCACACUUUAACGAGGGAAGGAGGCCUUUGCCCGCCAUGGCCAGCUGCCCGCUCGCUGCCGCUCCUCCAGCUGAUCCUGCUUGCAGAGGCGGAAAGCUCCAAGGUCCACCUGUAAGACAGAUCACCGCUGUGGCUCUUUCCAAAGCAGGCACCGAUGGAUCUCCCAGACGGAUCCCCUCCGAUUCCAUUCACUGACCAGGAAAGCAUUUUAAAUAGACUGAAGCCUCGCGUUACCGUGGUGUAGCCUGGCUCACUUGAUGCCCUCAGCGAGCUUGUCAAGUAGCAGGUCUCGUUAGCUCCGAGUGCCAAAGCGUAUCCGUUUACCGACCCGUAACACUAUCAGCUGGGGCGCCUUCCCUUGGGAAAUGAGAAGGGGCAUCUUGUACAGUACAUUUAAACACCGUCGUGUUUUCCUACGGGCUCAACUCUUAAAAACAACACAUCUCCUCUACUCUUCCCCUCAACACCCCUCAAAAAGUUAGUCUUAAGAGUAAAAUCUCCAUAUGCCCUUAGUUGAUUAUUCAGGUAUGUCGUUUGCCUCCAGCUUUGGGGGUUUUUUGUUCCCCUUAAAAAAAUUGGGUUGGUUGGUUUGGUUGGGUUUUUUUUUUGCAUGAUUGUUCAUAGUCUUUCCAAUUGUACGUGGAUAAUUAAUAUAUCUGAAUCAUUAGCUGCCUGGGUUGGGGGUAAGUAAAGCUUAGUCCUGCCUAAAACUUGUGCUUCGUUUCACAUUUGUGUCCGGUGGCUUGUGCAAAGAGAUAUCCAUUCGCCUGAGGCGAGAGCGCAGCUUCCGAGGUGGCCGUGGGGUGGGUAACACGUGUGUCCCCUGGUCCGUGUGUCCCCUGGUCCAUGUGCCCCCUGAUCCGGCACAGUUAGAGUGAAGUCAUUUUAAGGGUUAACCCUCGGCAAGCUGCAGUCCCACCACACCACACGUUGCGAGAAUGCCAUGUAUACCUCAUGGACUGUGUACUUUGUACAUAACUUACUGUUUGGGGUUUCGUUUCCUUGUUUUGUUGUGCUUUCUCCUAAUAAGAGACGUCGAAGAGCGAUUUAAUGUGAAUUCUUGUUGGCAAUACUAACUUGACAGAAUCAUGAGCAUUAAGAGCAGGGCGCUACAGCUCUCCAUUGCACUAAACCUCUCAUGAUUGCUUGACAUUUGUAUCUGUGAUACAGUUUAACCCUUCUAUGAGAAACAGUACGUUUGUAUAUAUUGGUAGAAAACUCUGCCAGGAAAGCUAAAAAACACUAUGUCCAACUUGUAAAUAUGUGUAUGUAUGUGGAAACCUGGAUGAUAAAGUCUGACUUGUAGAAAGUUUUAAUAAACUUGGUUUCAUAA